AUGGUGGAAGUUGGUGAUCGAUUGUCGUAUAGUGGUGAACUUUGCACUGUGAGGUUUAUUGGAGAGAUCCCAGCCUGGCCUGGGGAAGUGGCGUUUGGUGUUGAAUGGGAUAGUCUUACUUAUGGUGAUGAAAAGACUGGCUCGUUUGUUAAAAGUUCGAAGAAACAUGAUGGAACAAGAAGUUUUUAUGAAGCAUUGGUGAAUACUUAUGGAACUUCAACAGAAGCUAAAGAAAUUAAGAUUGGUUCUAAAGUUGUGGAACAAUUUGGAUUUGAAAAAUUACAAAGAUUGCAAUCAGAUUUCAGCUAUUUGAAAAACAUUUCAUUGAGUAGGAAAGAGAUAAAUAGAAUUAAUAAAGAAGAGAUUAUCUUGAUUAAAGAACAAUUACCAAAUCUUGAAGAAUUAGAUUUAUCAUUCAAUUUAUUCAAUUCAUUAGAAUCAAUAACGACUAUAAUUAGUCCACUAGGAAUUAGCAAGUUCAAAUUAGUUGGUAAUGAAUUAUCAAAAGUUGGCGAUGCCCAGAUUUGUCAAAAUAUUAAACGUCUAGAUAUUUCACUCACAAAACCCUCACAAGAUGUAUUAUCAGUUAUACCCAAUUAUUUCCCAAAUGUUGAUAAAUUAUUAUUAUCUGAUAAUAAAUUGGACAAGGUGGAUAAUUGGAUAUCAAAACUGCACACAUUAGAAAAACUAGAUCUAUCACUUAAUAAUCUCCAAAACUUACCUUCAAUCAUUUCAAAAACUCCAAUCAAAUCAUUAAACAUUUCAGAUAAUCAAUUAUUCAAAUUUGAUAAUAAUAUCAUUUAUGAAAACAUUCAAAUACUUGAUAUACGGCGUAAUGAUAUUAAUGAUUUUGAUGAACUUGAUACACUUUCCAUCAUUUUCCCCAAUGUAAUUGAUAUUAGAAUAAAUGGGAAUCCAGUAUUUAUUGAUCAAACACCAGAAGAAAUGGAAAUGAAUAUAAUAUCAAGAUUCCCUAAUAUAAAAUCAGUUAAUGGUACUGAAUUUUCCGUUGAAGAAAGAACUAAUGCUGAAUUAUAUUUCAUUUCACAGGCAUCAAGAGAUCCAAAAUUGAUUACUAAUUCAAGAGUUAAACAAUUAGCAGCCAAAUAUGAAAUUAAAUUGGAAACACAUGUCAAUCCUCAUAUUGAUAAUAUACAAAAUCAAUUGAUUCAACUGAGUUUACAAACUGAUGACAAAACAAUCAAAAUGAACACUUUACAAACUAAUGAGAUUUUAAAAUUGAAAGGUCAAAUAAGUCGAUUAUUUAAUCUAUCAUACAUUGAUAUUCAAUUAUCUUAUAAGAUAUCACAAUUUGAAACUUCAAUUAAUAAUGAUUUAUCAUUAAUUUCAUCACAUAAUUUCGAAAAUGGUCAAAUAAUUUACAUAAAAACAUCAAAAUAUUGA